AAUUUACAAUUCUCUCAAAUUCCCCGUUCAAAAUAAAAACCUGCAAUCUUCUCCGGCACUCUUUUGAUUACCUACAUCAUAUGUCUGAUUUUUCUAGCAUUUAUUUCAAUGGCGCAUCCUCUUCAUGUUAAUUUAUUCGGAGGUGAAGUUGAUGAUGUAAAUGUGGUUGAUACCGAGACUUUAGACAACAUCAUGGAUAAUAUACUCCAUGACACUGACGUCGUUGAUGACCCAGAUUUUGGUGAAAAUUCUAAGACUGAAUUGCUGAAUGGAUACGAUACUGAAAUUGUUCCUGACAGUGAUGAUGACAUGAAGGACGCCUAUGAUAGUAAAGGGUUUUCGCUUCGAAGUCGAAGUUUUGUUCAGAGGUUUGCUGCAGCUUCUUCUGAUGUGAUUUCUCAGUAUCAACCUCCUUGCAGGGUACUAGACUAUUCAAAUUUGAAUGCUGAUGGAGGAUAUCUUGGAGGACUAGCCACGGUGUUGAGUGUUUUCCCGAGAAAUCAAGUUAGCUCCUCGAAUUUCCAAAAUGACAUGCAAGCUGCAGAGCUACAUAUUCAAGAUAGGAAGAUAUCUGAUGUAAAAGAACCUUGCCUAGCUGAUUUUGCUUGUUGUGAUGUUGGCUGUGUUGAUAGUAUGAAGCUAAGCGAGGGAAGUGAAAUUGAUGAAGAUGUCAAGAGUAUUCAACGUAAGACAAGAGAAGUAAGUAUUGUUUACACACGAAAGAAGAAAAGAUGUCAUGAUUCAGAAAACAAAGAAGUGCAAAUAUUAGAAAAAUUAAACGAUGACCUCAAUGAUUCUGGAGGAUUGAGCUAUGUUGGAUCUCAAGAACCUGAAGAUCUAUCUGAUGCACUUCUCUUUGUCGAUCAAUAUGUUUAUGGUAAUGCCAUAGCAAUGCCACCCACCCCUACUACUGCUGUCAUUAUGAAUGAGAUAUCACCUCCUGUAUUAAGUGCAAAAGGUGUUCAAAAUAUGGCGAGGUUGGCUAAAAUUAGAAACAGCAAGGUGAAAACUGGUUUCUUUGAAUGGAAUGGGAGUGAAGGAGGUUCAGAAUCUGUGGCUUCAGGCAACAAAGUUGACCUGUCCUUUAAGGGCAAUAGAUAUGGUCAGACAUAUGUUAGAAGAUCUCCAAGUGUGAGAAGUUUGGUGCUUAAGGAACUUAGGAGCCCAGGUGUCCUGUUGACGGAGACUGCUGGGACGAGAGAGAGCUCAAACAGCAAGAGAGAGCUAAAUGUUUUGACCUUCUUAGAUACCAAAUUGGCAGUUUAUGAACUCAAAAAGGACAAAAUGGCAAAGCAAAGUUAUGAAGAAAAAGACAGCAAAGAAUGUAACAAAUUGCUGGAUCAACUGGCUAAUAGAGAAGCUAUAGAGUUGGAAGCAGGUGCUGGUGAUCAGGAGCAGGAAGAUGUUUGUGAUGUUGGCACUGGUACACAGAUAGCUGCUGAAGCUAUACAAGCUUUGUCAUAUAGUGUUUUUGCUGACUACAGUGAGGUCAAUUCUAAUAAAUGUCCAAAUAGGAUGCUUGAUGAUCCAUUAGGAGGUAAUCAGAAGAAUGUCAAUUCAUGCAUAUGGUCCUUCCCUAAGAAAGCUCGCUCUGUAGCUAGAGGCAGUGCGGGCUGGCCAAAAUGUAGUAGAAAGAACUCUUGGCAUUAUAAGGAUAACAUGCAAGCAUCAAAACUCAAAUUAAGAAGAAAUUGGGUGCAAUUAGCAUCCAGUGAAUGCAUGAAUGAAAGGAGCUUCAAAGAUCAUAUGAAGAUAAAUUUUGCAAAGAGAAGAAAGUUACAUGAUGCCAAAGAGGCUGAAGUGGACGGUUUUAAAGAAAAUAUAGAUGCACCCAUAAUGGCUGCUGAUAUACCUCUUUGUAACUUGAAGUACAGAAGGAUGCGUACAAAUAUUUUUCCAUCCCCUGGCAGCUUGAAAUCUUCUAGCUUAUAUAAUAUAAAUGAUCAUAUCGUGAGUAAUUCUAUGGAUGAAAAGGGUGCAGCUUUGAAGGCUCGUCCCCGAAGACAAGGCAGGGGUAGUAUUGAUAAUAUGUUAAAUGUUUCAGCUCAGAAGAGAAACCAGUCAAAGCUCUUCUAUGGAAAGUCCUGUAAGACAAGAAAGUUACUGGGUGAAGAAAACAAAGGAGACCGUACAGGUAAUACGUCUCUUGCGAAAAUGGACCCCAUACAAAAAGGUCCCUACACUAAAGGUAAAUUUGGAUGUACCCGUUCAGAUAUGUUGGAGGUUUCACAAUCUGGAAGCUGGUAUCUGACUAAUUAUCCUAGGGAUAAAAGAACAUGUAGAACCAGGCUUGACAAUUCUGAUGGCUCUUCUCAUCUAGGUAAUUCAGUUCCUAGAGCAUGUAUGGAAGAGCGCAAUCAUUAUCCUUUGACAAGCCAUUUGAACUCAGAAAGCUGCUUUAGUGAUGCUACAAAGAAUGGGGCUUCUCUUGAACAGCUGUCUGAGAGUGCAGUCAAUCUGCAACUUAACCGGAAAUAUAACAUUGGUUCAGUUCCCGUUGCUGAUAGUGCAACCCAUAAAUCUAAUUACAAUAUGCAUUCACUUGAUGCUGAUUGUCGAACAUCCACAGACGAUAUACCUAUCAACAUGUAUGAUGAUCAUCAUGACCAAAAUUACAAGAAAAGGAGACCAACGUCAGCUCUUUCAAGAGAGCUAGCCCGAUUAGGCUUCAGAGAUUCGAUGCCAGAAUUUAAUUCUGAAUAUUUGCGACAGCGGAAGACAUUGGCUGAUAUGUGUGUCUUAUUGAGCCAUAAUUUGGAUGAAAGUACUCGGAAGCAACAGCUUAAGAUUUUGAUGCGGCUGGGUGUUCCCUUGGCAUAUUCCGCUUCAUACGCAACUCAUUUUGUGACGGAUAAAUUUGCCCGCACCAGGAACAUCUUGGAAUUCAUUGCUCAAGGUAAACCUGUGGUAACACAUUUAUGGCUCGAGAGUUGUGACCGAGCAGGUUCUUACAUUUCUGACACAAAUUACAUUCUGAGGGACUUGAAGAGAGAAAAGGAACUUGGUUUUACACUACCUACUUCAUUGGAUCGGGCAAGGCAAUGCCCACUUUUAAAAGGAUACAGGGUCUUUAUUACUCAAAAUGCCAAACCUGGUAAAGAAAUUCUUGCUUGCUUGGUGAAGGCUGUGCACGGCCAGGUACUAGAUGUCGACCUAGACAGUGUAUCGAAAGAUGAUAUAAUUAUGGACGACAUGAUGAUUCUCUCGUGUGAAGAAGAUGAAGCUUAUUGUAGAUUGUUACUUGAGAAAGCUUAUUUAACAGGUGCACCAGUUUAUAGCUCUGAGAUUCUACUGAAUGGCAUUAUUAUUCAGAAACUAGAGUUCGAGAGGCAUCAACUCUUCACAAACCAUGUAAAAAGGCACAAGUAUGAUGCUUCAUAGGAUGAUUGAUGUCUUCUUGCCGAGAUUUAGAGACUGGUGGUAGUACGAAUCUUGUGGCCUGUCUAUAUAAUUGCUCUGCUAUAUGCACAGUUUGGCAGUCAUCUAUAAUAUUACAAAUCAUUAUUAACUUCUUGUUCUCUAUUCAUCAAUGGAUUUGAUUCCACAUCCUAAUCGGGAGGCCAAUGGAUGACUUGAUACUGCACAAGUUGUGGGAUUCAUAGUUAUUAACAAACUGGUUUUUUUUCCUCAUUCGGUGCUGUGGUUUUGUGAUUCCUUUCAAGGGAAACUGAUUCUUCAAAAGUU